AUGAGUUCCAGGUUUGCCAAUCGCAGGAAGCCCCGCAAGAUCGGAGGCAGUGAUGAGGAGGAUGACGGUGCUGCGCCGGAGCCAGUAGUUAAGAGACCCGCAAGCUCGAAAGCAAAACCGAAAUCCAAGUUGCGCAUGGCAUUCGAUCCAAGUGAGACAUCGAUGAACGAGGGUGACGACCAAGAAAGCGAGGUUGUCCUACCGAAACGACAUGGGCUAGGACGCAAAGCUAUGGAACGAAGUGCUGGCCAGCAUGUUUCUUCACAAAAUCUCUCUGCUCGGGUCAACCGGGAUCAAGAUCGACCAACAUAUAACAAUGACUACUUAAAAGAACUGCGGGACUCGACGCCCUCAACUCCGAAGACGAGCACCGAUGAAGAACCAAUCAAGGCCGUGGACGUGGCAGCGAAGUUUGGAGAGGUCAUGACCGUCUCGGGACAAUCACAUAUUCCUAGUGAAGCCGAAAUUCGAGAAAAGAAAGCCCGACGAGCGCGUCUGGCCAUGGAACACGGUGCUGGUGCCGAGGAGGACUUCAUCUCAUUAGAAGACGAUGACGCUGCACAUGUGGAUAAAUGGGACGCAGUGGCAAGAGGAGAAAAACCAGCACCAGAUACAAGACUCAUUCGAGACGAUGAGGACUUUGCGGAAGGGUUUGAGGAAUAUGUGGAGGAUGGAAAGAUCUCGCUUGGGCGUAAGGCAGAACGCGAAAAGAAACAAAAGGACCGCGAGGCUAUGCGAGACCUUAUCGAUGAUGCUGAGGGGAUCUCUGACGAAGAUGAUUCCGAUGUCGAAGAAAAGGCUGCCUAUGAAGCAGCCCAAACUAGAGCUGCUAUGGGACAUGGCAAUUCCAAUGGUAGCGAUCGAGCCAGCACUCCUCCCAAAAUGACAUCACUGCCUCGACUUGCUACCAGUUUCGAAAGACUACGCUUGUCUUUGGCAUCCAUGCAGAAUGCAAAGACCCAAAUGAUCGCCCGUAUGGAAGAAUUGCGGAAGGAAAAGGCCGACAUUGCGGAUCGUGAAGUCGAGAUCCAGAUUAUGAUCAAGGAGGCUGGUGAUAACUAUGAGCGUCUCAAGAAGGAAGCCGGCGUUGACCCUACGGCCGAGGAUGAGUCUUCGAAGGGGGCCCUAGAGAAGUCCAGAGGGUUGGAAAGUAUUGGAGCACCUGUGCCAAUGUCAGAGUCUUCAGAUUCAAGCUUUGAGGAAUCUUGA